CGUAAAGUUAUCGAUAAGCUAUCGGAUUUUGCUUUAUGGCCCACACAACGCAAUUGUUUAACUGCUGCAGUUGGCAAAUGUUUUUUUUUCUGGUUUUGUUGCUGAUUAAGUAAGAAAUAUAUUUAAAAAUACAAUAUGACAUCUGUUACAAAAUACCGCACAUCGGCGAGUCUCAUUUUGGUUGCGCCGCCAUCAACGGCAACAAGUGGCAAAGAUUAUAAUCUGCUUAUGCUGAAACGUAGCGAUGCCACGGCUAUAGUACAAAAUCAGUGCGUCUUCCCUGGCGGCAUGUUGGACAACGUUGGCGAUGAAAGCGUUGCUUGGCUGGAAUACUUCGAUGAAUUUGGUGUCCCAGAAGUUGCACUGCGUCGUCUGGUGCUAAUCAGUGAUCAUCGACCUGGAUUGUUGGCGCCCCAGGGCAACGGUUGCUAUGAUCGUUUCUUUAAACGUACAAAAAUUUGGGCACGAGAGAUAAUACUACGUUUAACUGCACUGCGUGAAUGCUUCGAGGAGGUUGGAAUUCUUUUGUGCCGGACACGAGAGCAACUGGCGCAUCUUAAUGAUGAGCAUCUGUUGGCGCAGUUCCAGCAAAACUUUGAUCGGGACGCGUGGCAACGACGUGUUCAUAACAAACCCAGCGAAUUUCUUGAUCUGUGUCGGGAAUUAAAAGUGGUGCCGGAUUUGUGGGCACUACAGGAGUGGUGUGCUUGGGCCAGUCCAGCUAUUAUCAAAAAAGGCCACGAGACUGCAUUCUUUAUGGCCUUUGUGAAUACGCAACCUAGUCUACAUGUGGAACCCUCUGAAGUCAAAGAGUGCUUGUGGCGCACACCCAAGGAACUGUUAACUCUAUAUCACCUUGGAGAGUUGUGGUUUUUGCCACCACAAAUCUAUGAACUGUCGCGUCUGCAGGGCAUUAAAGAUUAUAAGAAACUUCACGCGUUCGCUGUUCAGCGUAGUAAGCUGGGAACUACUUUGUUUCUACCCGUCGUUUAUAGUUGCAGCGAUAGCCUAGUUUAUGCACUGCCAGGUGACGAGUUUUAUGUGCCUGAGCCGCAUUUGGUCAGUGAUGUAAUUAGUUUUCCAGGGACAGCCUCUGAUCUUAGAUCCCGUUCCAAACGUAUACAUCGUUAUGAGUAUAAAAACCAGACGGCUAUAGAACUGUAUUUGAAUUUCGAAGCCCCAAAUGGACAUUUGCCUCCCCAGAAGUUUCCUUUCGAGUUGCAUAAGCUUUAAACGGCUGUAGUGUAUUUAAAAAAACCAGUUUUUUAGUAUUUGUAUUCUCAAGAAAUAUUGUUAUUGAUGAUUAAAAUGUUAGACCGUUUAAGACGUAAAAUUCACAAGCAUGA